GCGCCUUUGUUGCGUCCUCAACCGACUGACAAAGAGGUUGCGUCGUGUCCUCAAUAGUUAAUACUAACUAGAUUCCUCACCAUCCAUCACAUCAACACAAUGAGCACGCUCGCGCCCACCUCCAUCAUCCCGCUGCGCCUGCGCAGUCGUUCGCGCAGCCGUUCGGUGGCCGAACCAUUGCCCUCGCCAGCGUCCACCGCCGACACCACACCAGCACAGCACAACAUCAUCCAUUUCCCGCGCGUGUACGAGCAAGCAUGGGGUGGCUACCACGCCCAGUCCGACGUCCCCAGUCUGAGCGACUCGCGGACCGACCUCGAGCGCGCCCAGAUCUUCCUCCUGCGCUUCACCCAGCUGUCGCCCGACCGUGGCUUGAAUGCUGCCCUCAUGGAGAUUGUCGUCGACCAGCACAGCUACAGGAGCGUCUACGCCAUUGCUGACGCUGUGCGGAUGCGUAUAAUUGGGGGACGCCAUCAGAGCUUUGGGGUCACGUCCUUGCUGCAGGCCAUGCGCUUCCUGCUCAUCAAGGCGGGCAUCACGGACUGCUCUGACCCGAACACGCGUCCUGUCGUCGACUUUUUCUUUGACCCUACACUGGCCAGAAACUUGGACAUGCUUCCCACCGACGCUGUGACGCUGCCCUAUCCUGCUGCCCGGCUCAAGGUGUGCAUCGUCGGUGGUGGACCUACCGCGCUGGCCUCGGCCAUCUCCCUCGCGGAAAAGGGCAAAGGACAGGUAGAGGUGCACAUGUAUGAGCGCCGAUGGGUGAUGCAAGAGGGAGGACGGGUUGGAUAUCCCCCCACAGCCAAGAGACGAGAUCAAGUCGUGACGUUACAAGAGUCCGUGACUGACCUCAUGACACCGCGGACGCGCACCGCGCUCUUCCAGAAUCGGCCAGAGAGGGUGUGGCCUGGUUCCGCCAACAUACAAAUCCGCAAAGUCGAGGACCGUCUGCUUGCGCGCUGCCACGACGACGAGUUCCGCGGCCUCAUCCAUCUCUACGCACAAGGUCUGACGCGCGAGACACUACACCAAGCAAAUGACUUCCACGUCCUCCUCGGCGCGGACGGCGCGGCGUCCUGGGUGCGCAAAUCCUACUUUCACGGCUACGAGAACGAGCGAGGGAAAAGCUAUGCCCUUGGCCUGGCGUUUGAUCGGCCUGCCGGUCUACCCUGGUCUCAACCUCUCAAUGUCUUCCUCACCCUCGGCCAGACGCGCUACCUGCUCAACGCGAGUGACCACGACGGACGAGGCUACCUCAACAUGCAGCUCACAGAGGCCGAGUGGCACGAGAUGGUGUCCGUCGACGGCACGCCCGUCACGUUUGGUCGACCAGGCUGUCUACUCGCCGAGGACGGCAGCAUCCCCGAUGGUUUUGAGCCAGGCCAGGUAUUCCGCCCGUCGACAGACCGGCAGAGUCCCCUGUGGCAGUCUAUCGAAGACGGCCUCAAGCUUUUUGGCUUCAAGGAGAGCGAGGUCAUCAACGUAGUGCGCAUCCCCAUCGUCGUCCAGGCCGUAGGGGAAGGCGUGCAGUAUCUACCCCACGGCGAGACACCCUCGUUACGGCGACCGCAUGCUCUCGUCGCAGUGGCGGGCGACGCCGCCAUGACGGUGCACUUUUGGCCCGGUCGUGGUCUGAACAGCGGCAUCAAGUCUGGCAUGGCGCUCGGUGAUGAGCUCGUCCACGCGCUGGACACGGGCCGUUUCGUGGGCUUGGGCCUAGACUCGAUGAAUGAGUACAAUGACUUUAUCAUGAAACUCCAGGGACGCGAGCACGACAAGCGCAGCAUUCCCAUUCUCAACCAGUCGGGUGCCCCCGAGACACUGGGCUGGUUACUCGACAAGGCUGGCGCGGUACCCGACCACGUGGCGGUCGAGUGGCUGGUCGGUGCCAUGGUACAGAUUGCGAGUCGUCUCGAGACGCGACGCGACUGGCCGUUUGAGGUGGUCCCCAACAUUGAACCGCAGAUCCGCAUCGUGCUGCGCCAGCUGCGGCCGCGGACGCUGCGGGAGAUGGCGGUCAGUUUUCCCUGGCCGACGCGGGAGAUGGGCGGGGCUGAGGUGCUGCCUUUGCGGUCGAUGAAGGUGGAGGAGAAGCAGAGGUGGAUGCAGGGGCUGUGGAAGAUGAUGACGCUGCGGGAUGAAGGGGCCAAGGAGAGGGAGACGACGGUGAAAGUGUCGGCGCGGUUUGAUGGCGAGGCGAGACAGGAGACGCCGUCAACGUCGAGAUUCGAGGCGCCAAAGUCGAAUGGGGACAACAGGCGCAGCUCGUUGCAGGUUCCUGGUCAGCUUCCUGCUGGUGGUGGUCUGGACAAGGGGUUGAAGAGGAGUGGUGCCAUGUCCAUUAGGGCGCCGAGCUCAAGUGCCCUGAUGGAAGGGAGAAGGAGUCGAGCGAGUUCCAUGACGUCCGAAGUGUCGAGCUUGAGUCGAGAGCCCAGUCCGGCGUCGGGCGAGAUUGGGCUGGUGCGGUUGAUGAGCACGAGGAGGCCUGGCAAGGCCGUGUUUGACGAUGCAUUGUCUCUGGCGCUGUUUAGACUGGACGAGGACCGUUGAGUGGUGGCUUGAGAUAAGGUAGUACCUAGCAUAUUGGGUUUCGGAGUUUGGCGAGGACUUUUUGCUGAAAUAUCAGCUUCAUGUUAGCAUUGCCUUAUGACACUUUCCCUAGAGAGACUUUUGAGAUGCAUUCUAGAAGCCUUUGAUCCAAAG